AACAUGCAGGGACAGAUUUGGAAGAUCUCAGAAGUGAGUACGACGUAAGCGGUGUGACGAAGAGUAGCAGGAGGAGCAAGCACAGUGUUAUCGGCGGCGAACUCGCCAUUGUUCUAUAUUUUAUCACUGUCAAUUGCCGCCUAACCCAUCUCCAAAACAGUACUCCGUAAUUUAUAUCUUAAAUUUAGGACAGACACGUUUUAUCUACUUGAGUUUUCUUGGAACAAUGUUGACUAUUAUGAGUUCAAAUAUCAUAGUUGUAUUUCGAAUUCUACCAAAAAUCUCAAAUUUAGUAGAAUUCGGGAUAUAUAUUUGAACUUAUAAGAGUCAACAUUAUUCCAAGAUAAUGCAAAUAGAUUACAACGUUUCUGUCCUACAUUUAAGAUAUAAAUAAUGUUUUGGAGAUGGGCUAGGCUGCAAUAAUUGACGAUAAAGUAUAGAACAAUGGCAAGUUUGCCGCCGAUAACACUGUGCUUACUCCUCCUGCUGCUCUUCGUCGCACCGCCUACGGCGUACUCACUUCAGAGAUCUUCCAGAUCUGUCCCUGCAUUUCUCAACAAAUUCCUGCGCUUACCCUCCAAGGCCGUCGGCGGCGCCACGCCCUACAAGUACGAGAUUCGCUACUUCCAACAGCGGCUCGACCACUUCAGCUUCGCCGAUCUCCCCCCGUUUCGCCAGCGUUACCUUAUCAGUACCGAGCACUGGGAAGGCCCGUCUCGCCUUGCCCCCAUCUUCUUCUACUGUGGCAACGAAGGAGAUAUAGAAUGGUUUGCCGCCAACACAGGUCUCGUCUGGGAACUCGCGCCUCGCUUUGGCGCCAUGGUCAUCUUCCCCGAACACCGAUACUAUGGUGAAUCAAUGCCCUUUGGGAGCAGGGAAGAAGCUUAUAAGAACGCGUCUACAUUGGCGUAUUUAACAUCCGAACAGGCAUUAGCAGAUUUUGCUGUGUUAAUCACUGAGCUCAAACGGAAUGCUUCUGCACAAUCGUGUCCUGUCAUUUUAUUUGGAGGAUCAUAUGGUGGAAUGCUUGCAACAUGGAUGAGGCUUAAAUAUCCUCACCUUUCCAUAGGUGCACUUGCUGCUUCUGCCCCAAUCCUCCAGUUUGAAAAUAUUGUGUCGCCCGACACAUUUUACAACAUAGUCUCCAACAAUUUUAGACGUGAGAGUGUCAGCUGCUUCAACACUAUCCGAGAGUCAUGGGAUGUAAUAAUGUCUUUAGGAAUGACAAACACUGGACUUUCGCUACUGAGCAAGACUUUCCAUCUUUGUGGGGAACUAAAGAGUGCUGAGGACCUUUCUAACUGGUUGGAUUCUGCAUAUAGUUAUUUGGCGAUGGCUGAUUACCCAUACCCUGCAGAUUUUCUAAUGCCUUUACCAGGAAAUCCAAUAAAAGAGGUCUGUCGGAGAAUGGAUAGUUUACCCAAUGGAACCAAUAUUCUGCAGCGAAUAUUCGAAGGAAUUAGUGUCUACUACAACUACACUGGAACGGUUAACUGUUUCAGCCUUGAUGACGAUCCUCAUGGCAUGAGUGGUUGGGACUGGCAGGCAUGCACUGAAAUGAUUAUGCCAAUGGCAAGUAACAAAAACACAAGUAUGUUCCCAGCGUUCGAGUAUGACUACAAGUCUGAUGAAGAGUAUUGCUACAAGAGUUACCAUGUCACUCCAAGGCCUACAUGGAUAACAACAGAAUUUGGUGGACAUGACAUCAAGACGGCUCUUGGGACUUUUGGUAGCAACAUCAUAUUCUCAAACGGUCUCUUAGACCCAUGGAGUGGUGGCAGCGUUCUAGAGAACAUAUCAGACACCAUUGUUGCUCUUGUUACUGAAAGAGGUGCCCAUCAUUUAGAUCUACGUGCAGCAACGGCCGAGGAUCCGGAUUGGCUUGUAGACCAAAGAGCAUCUGAAGUAAAGCUGAUCGAGGGCUGGUUGAACCGUUACCUUGAGUCUAAAAGGGUAAAUUUUCUUCCCUUACAGAGUGUCUAGCGGUCUGGUACAAGGAAACCAACUGAACCUAGCUAAGCUAGGUGGCGUGCUUGGAAAGAAGGGGCGAUGAGUGAAACCUCCAGCGACCCAACCCCUCUCGGUAACACUGUAAAUUUUGUACAUUUAGUAUAAUUGUGUUAAGUACUUAUGUACGGAGUGUACCAUGCAUUAUUAUUUUAUGCAAACUGUUACUAGCUGUAUCUUUAAGCAUCAUAUUUCAUGAGUUGUUUUUCAAUAGGCUAACACGUUUAUAGGUGUGAAACGUUUUUUAUUCCAAUAGGGGUAGCAAUAAAAACACACAAUAUUUUUAAUUUAUACUCAGGGUAUUCAUUUAUGUAAAAUGAAAGUACCAGCAACUA